CAAACGUUGCCACUCAUUUGCUUACCUGAAAGAAAUUCAUUUCAUUUGACAUCUCUCACCUGUCAAGUUGUGAGACUCCUGACUCCUGUUAGCAAUUCACUCAUCAGUGCACUUCCUACAUCACCAGAAUGCCUCUGCAGUUUGAACUGUGUCCCGGUAGAAUGAUUGGGGGCUCCCAUCCGUGCUUCAUCAUUGCUGAAAUUGGACAAAACCACCAGGGAGACAUUGAGACCGCUAAGAAAAUGAUCAAGAUGGCAAAGGACUGUGGUGCUGAUUGUGUCAAAUUCCAGAAAAGUGAAUUAGAGUACAAAUUUAGCAAGAAAGCCUUGGAGCGCCCCUAUACUUCAAAGCACUCCUGGGGGAAAACUUAUGGCGAUCAUAAGCGGCACUUGGAGUUCAGUCAUGAGCAGUACAGGGAACUGAAAAAGUAUGCAGAGGAGACUGAAAUCUUCCUCACCGCCUCUGGCAUGGAUGAGAUGGCUGUGGAGUUCCUCCAUGAGCUGGAUGUGCCUUUCUUCAAAGUUGCCUCCUGCGAUGCUAACAACUUCCCCUAUUUGGUGAAAACUGCCAAAAAAGGACGUCCAAUGGUGGUGUCCAGUGGGAUGCAAUCCAUGGAGACGAUGCGUCGGGUCUACAAAACAGUGAAGGAGCACAACCAGAACUUCACUAUCCUGCAGUGCACCAGCACCUACCCUCUGGACCCUAACGACGUCAACCUCAGCGUGAUCACGGCAUACCAGAAGGAAUUCCCGGACAUUCCCAUCGGAUAUUCCGGACAUGAGCAGGGGAUCUACAUUACUGUGGCCUCUGUGGCGAUGGGAGCAAAGGUCGUGGAACGUCAUGUGACCUUGGACAAGACCUGGAAGGGAAACGACCAUGAGGCAUCCCUGGAGCCCUCAGAGCUGGCAGAGCUGGUGCGAGCCAUCCGCCUGGUGGAGACGGCAAUGGGAUCACCUGUCAAGCAAAUGUUACCCUGCGAGAAGAACUGCCAUGAUAAGUUGGGAAAAUCGGUGGUGGCUAAGGGGGCCAUCCCCAAAGGCACGGUGCUGAACAUGAACAUGUUUGCAGUGAAGGUGGGCGAGCCAAAAGGCUUCCCUCCACAGGAUAUGCAGAAGCUGGUGGGCAAGAAGAUCAAAGUGGACGUGGAAGAUGACGACAGUAUCUUGGCGGACAUGAUAGAAUAAAGGAUCCUCCACAAAGGUUGGGAGAGAGAGGCAGACAGACAGACAGAGAGGGAGGGAGAAGGAAAGAGAACAAGAAAGAGUGAGAGAGAGGCAGACAGGUAGAAGAUGGACAAACAGUGUUUCAGUGUUUGAACAGAAAGAGAUACAGUAAAGAGAAUGGUAAGGAAUAAAAGAGGGGAACAGAGGAUUAGGUCUGUGUGUCUGAGUGAAAGAGAAAGACAAGAGGUUUGAUAAAGAGGAAGAGAAGUGCAGUAAGAGAAAGGCAAAUUACAUUAAGGAUAAACAGGUCUAAACAGGUCUUAAAAUGACUCUACAUGAUGGUAAUACCUGAACCAAAGAGGGUGUCUUGGUGUAAAAUCACAGCCUGUAAGUACAGGGUGUCCAGAAAUUUGUCAACAGUCAAAUGUGGGCUGUGAAGCGCCAUGUUCAUUCUCCAUGAUCUGAGGUCAAAGCUGACAUUUCUGCCCCCUCUGUAUUCUGACAGUAACAUAUUCACAAACUAAAAGUAAAAAAAAAGAAAAAAAGUGGAGUUGCAUGGCUGCUGUGGCAUUUGCACAACUUUAACAAGGUGAACACAUCUGUACUUAGGAAUGCAGAUGCAUGCUAAUAUUAUUGAUGUCAACUGUUUUUGCAUCCCUUUACUGUUUGCUUUCUGUAUGCCAUAGGCCUUUGAAGGGGAAAUAUUUGCACGAGUCCAAAUUGAGAAAUGCACCAUGGCUGGCUUGUAAAAUUUCCUCACUCAAUGCCAAUAUUUCUCACAUGUGGUGUGAACAUAAUCUCUUUUUGGAAUGUUCUGUCUAAUUUUUCCCAGCAAUUAAUUACAAUAAAAUUGUGAGGUGUGGCUACAUAUGUGAAUAUAUAGGCUGCACUGUAAUCAUAUGCAGUACCUAUACACAUAUACGGUAUUUGUGUAUUUGGCAUUACAUUUUGAAGGUGCCACAUGUGGCCCUUAUAUAGUAAUCACUGUUUCUGAAAAUGUUAAUUGUGUGAAUAAAAAGGGUGUUAAAAAGA